AUGAUCCCGAACGAAGAUAUAGGAACAGAGGGACCGAGUAGUAUACCUUUGUAUCUCAUCAAUGGUGUAGCUACCGUAUGGGAUCCUCAAAUCGCCGCUACUUUACAUUGUCUACACAACAUCUCCGGCCUACGUACAGGUACUUUACCAGGUGUUUCUCAACAAAACGCUUUUUUAGGUCUACCACUCAUUUUAAUGUCUGAAGAAACUGCUUAUCUCAUCUCUGAAAAAAUCGCUCAUCUUAUUCCUGUUCAACCUAUAUCUCAACUUCCUUCCAAAGUUAAUAUCGAGACUCAGACUUUAGAAAGGGUCAGAAAAUUGGAAGAAUUAGCCAAGAAGACUGAACAGGCUAAAGAGAGAAAGAUUAAGAUGGGGAGGGAAAGAAUGGAAAAAGGUGGAGAGGAGGUCAAAAGGAAAAGAGAAGAAAGAGCCAAGUUGAAAGCUUUGAAAUUGCUUAAAGGGAAAGAUCAAGAAGAAAAAGAGAAUAUAAAGGUUGAAAAAGGAAAAGUGGAUAUUACAAACCCUCAUUUUCAUUCUAUUCCUUCUCACCCUCUUUCACCUCUAUCAUCACUUUCACUUCAAUCACCUAUAACAUCACUCCCUCAUCCACUUUUCCCUUUCCCUUCCACACCACGAGAUCACGCAUUAUUAGCGACUUUCAAAACCCUUCAGAAAAAAGGUUUUCGGAUGGGUCUAGGACCGAGGUUUGGUGGAGAGUAUUUAAUUUAUCCUGGGGAUUAUCUGAGAUAUCAUGCACAUUUCACAAGUCAGGUUAUACUUCCUGAAGAUUGUAUAAAACCUAGUGAGUUGGUAGCGUGGGGUAGACUGGGUACGGGGACGAAAAAAGCUGGAUUGUUAUGUUGUUGGACUGGCCAGAGACAGGCUGGGGAUAAGAAAAUUGAGGAGAUAGAAGGGACAAGUAGGGAGGCGGGGAAGAAAGAGAAUGGAAAUGAGGGAGAGGAUGAGGAAGAGGUGGAGUUUUAUAGUCUUGAAUGGGCCAACUUUGGUUAG